AUGCACAGCGGUUGCGUCCACAUAUUAUAUAAUGGACCAGAAAGGUGGGAAUCGCUUCUUUUCCACGGAGAAUGCUCUUCGAAAUUUGUUUUUUAUUUCUGUUGUGCGUUUCGAUUAUUCUUUUCAUUACCCCCACAUCCAAGACAACCCUCAGAUAUCCUAAUGGAUUUAGGGUAUUCGAAUUAAAAUAUUUAAUUAUUUACUUAUUGGCUGUGGCUGCUGAUUGGUUGCAAGGUACCUUUUUUACUUGUUUACACGAACGCCGAGAUUUCUUUAGGACCUCACAUCUACACAUUAUACUUGAGUUAUGGCUUCUCCAAACAUGAGAUUGAGUUAUUAUUCGCUUUUGGAUUUGGAUCUAGUAUGAUUACCGGAACUUUUAUCGGAAUCUUAUCCGAUAUUAGAGGUAGAAGACUGAAUUGUAUGUUCUAUGGCGUGUUUUACAUAUUAUCGUGCCUGUUAUUACACUCCAAAAGUUUCCAUCUCCUAUUAUUGGGCAGAGUUUUUGGUGGAAUUGGGACCUCCAUUUUAUUCUCAUCGUUCGAAAGUUGGCUUAUAUGUGAAUACAAUCAGGUAAGAGAGUAUAGAAGUGUCGAUUCUCUCCUUUCUUUGCUUCAGCAUCGCUUUGACGUCUCUUUUUUACCAGUUUUGUUUUCUCACUUAUCCCUGGGGAAUUGCGCAACAGCAGUGAUAUCUGGGCUGGUUGCCCAAGUGUUCGCUGACGUGUACGGAUUACUGUAAGUUGUCUCUGAUACGGAAAAUAGCAUGCUGAUUUAGGGCUCCGUUUGAUUUAUCUGCAUUUUUGCUGGUAAUAAUGUGCGUCUUAACUCCUUUACUCUGGCCGGAAAAUUAUGGAUCUCAAAGCCGUGGGCUCACCUCACCAUUCAGAAACGCCCUAAGAGGUUCUUGUAAGCAAUAAUGACGAAUAAUAUGUAAUAACAAUAUUUGAUAGCUAAGAACAUGAUUUGUCUUGGGGUUGUCCAGAGCCUUUUUGAAAGUGCCAUGUACUCGUUUGUUUUGCAAUGGACACCAGUGCUUAGAGAUGCAGCAGAAGGAAUUGGUAUUUCUCUACCUUAUGGAGUAAUCUUCUCCACAUUUAUGAUAGCUGUUUCAAUUGGAUCAAGUUCAUUUACUUUUUUACAAGAGAAGUGGCCGUGUUUGUCAUUUUUAAGGUUGGUGGUUAGCUUUCGUACCCCGACAACUUGGGUCGACAGCAGUUAGGGUCAAUACAAAGUCGUCGCAAAGAGACGGAGGCCCAAACAAAGGUCGGAGGUGCCUACUAAAAGAGUCGGAAGCUUAACGGAGACUCAGUGGAGGCACAGUGGAGACUUUGGGGAGGCAUGAAAUGACUACUUUAUUAACUUUAGCUAUAGCCGACCUUCCUUUGCUUUUUGCUUGACCCGGAGCUAAAACACCACAGAAAAGACAAAAAAUUGCUCCAAAAAGCGAAGAUUCUUAAUUUAAAAAAAUAUCAUAGGUGUAACUACGUACAUGUAAAAAAUGUAAUUAGUACGUCAAAAAUGUAAAGGUUUAAAAAAAAGAAUGUGAUUGUCGGAUUUAGCGGACCCGUCUCCUUCAAUGGACACGCUUCCAACCAUAUUUAUCAAUUUACAAGAUUAAGUCAUAAAAAGUAUCCAGCAAUAUGUACACAUAAAAAUCAAAUUUAUUUUUCCCGGAACCCGAAAAUCCCGGUACUUGUGUUGUCCCGUAGGGCUACCCCAGGUUAAAUCAUUUCUUCUCCUAGCCUCCGCCAAGAAUAUAACGACGAAUCGAGGCGAUCUAAAGUGUCGUCGACCCGAACUGUCGCUGACCCGAAAAAUCGUAACGCCAACAAUUUUAGAAAUAGUGUGUUUUAGAUACUUCUUGCUUAUAUCAUCCCUGAGUCUGCUGUUGCCGGUCGUUUUCCCAAACAAUAUCUAUGUCAUCUAUCUCGGAUUUAUCAUAUUCGAGAUGACCGUGGGUGUCUUUUGGCCUACCAUGUCCGCGUUAAGAAGCAGAAUGAUUCCGGAAAAUAUCCGUUCAACUGUAAUGAAUACCUUCAGAAUACCACUGAAUAUGUUUGUGAUAUACAUCCUCUGCCAAGACUUUAA